AUGAACCGUGUCGAAAGCAUUCGUCAGAUCCACGAAGGACAAGCACAGGUGGGUCCGCAUUUCCUAACACUUCUCCUGCAGGUGAAGGGCAGCGAAGCACCUGCCCGUGGUAACGCGGUGAUGGCGGAAGAUGCACUAGUUUUUCGGCAGGAGACAUUGCUGAAGGUGGCUGUUGAUGAGGUUGAGAAGGAUGCGAGCGAAAAUCUUCCCGGUGAUGUUCAGCAAGGAGAUGCCGGAUGGUUGUCGCGGCAUUAG